AUGGGACGCACUGGAAAAUUGAAGAAAAAGUCCACUUCCCUGAAUUCUCGUGCUGCCCGCCGAGAGACGUCGCCUUCUGCCGAUGUCGACAAAUCGCUAAGAUCGAUGCCUCGGAUUGAGGCAUCGUCGAAAUCACCGGCGAUCCAUGCAGUUCAUGCGAGCGCUGGUAUAUCUAAGAAAAAGUCGAAGACGAAGGCAAUAUCGCGAGCACAGCGAUUGCGCCAGCAAAAGAAUAUCGAGAGGGCGGAAGCUGUACUGGAUCAACUCGAAAAUAAGGUCGCGAAAAGCGCCGGGAGAGCAAAGAUCGUAAAAGCUCGCAGUGCACAAUGGGAAGACUUGAACAGCAAGAACAACAUAGCGACCAAAAUUCUCCAACAAGCCGAAGACAGUGAUGAUGAGCAAGUUGAUCUACAGCAGUCUUCUGAGGGUGCCACAAAUGCAAACCGCUCCGUUUUUGCACAACCUGGAGAUUCUAUUCCUCCUGCGGAACACGGAACUAUUGAUGAAGAUGACGAAAUUACCUGA